CUGUGUACAGUAGGUGGUGUGGAUGUUUGUGAAGGCCGUGCAGAGUGAUUCUGGCGGCGGAGCGGAGCGGAGAGAGAGAGACACUUCCUAAAACACGCUGCUCGCCGCGUGUUUGACGCUCGUGCAGUUUGAGCCUCCGUGUGUUUGUCGAGCGCUGCCGAGAAGCUCGCGCGUGCUGCCCUCAUUUCCAGCUCUCCGUGGCUGCAGAAGCGUUAAGUUGUGGACUUCCUGGAUGGAAACGGAGGGGUUGCUGAGCCACACUGCGAACGGAGCCCCCGCAGAUUAUGGCUCGUGGCCGGACUCGGAACCCGACGGGCUCCGGGGCAGGAGGCGCCCGUCGUCGUACUCGGUGGCCGAGGAGCUGUGCGGGGUCGACGGGGACUCAGGUAAUGAAGAACUCUACAUCCAACAAGCCGUUGUAUUCAUCGAGGAUGCCAUACAGUAUCGAUCAAUCAACCAUCGAGUGGAUGCCAGCUCUCUCCGCCUCUAUCGAUGGUACUAUUCCAGGAUAUGCCAAUGGGGUUUGGGUCUGACCAUUUCACUUGUACUGCUGCUGGCCUUUGUCGAGCGCCCGUCCUCUUUGUCUGUCUCAUCAGACCCAAGGCAUCGCUCCCCACCAUGGGAACCACCCUGUGGCCUCACUGAGAGCAUUGAAAUGUCCUGCCUUUUCAUCUUCUUUUUAGAUCUUGCUGUGAAGAGCUACUUGAUUGGCUGGGAGGAAUUCAGGAAGAGCAAAUGGCUGAUUGGCUACUCCGUGGUCAUUGCAGCCUCUGUCAUUGACUGGAUGUUGUCUGUCAGCAUGGUGUGCGAUGAGAAACUGAGAGUACGGCGACUUCUGCGGCCAUUUUUCCUUUUACAAAACUCCUCCCUGAUGAAAAAGACACUGAAGUGCAUCAAGAGGACUCUGCCGGAGAUUGCAAGUGUCAUCCUGCUGCUGGCGCUCCACCUCUGUCUCUUCACUAUGAUUGGCAUGCUACUAUUUGCCAAAACUGAGGAUGAAACCAGGAAUGGGGAGUGGCGGUUACAUUUCAGAGACCUGCCGAGUUCGCUUACUACUCUGCUGGUGCUGCUCACCACAGCCAACAACCCAGAUGUGAUGAUCCCUGCCUACUCCCUCAACAGAGGUUACUCCAUUUUCUUCAUAGCCUUCAGUGUAAUUGGAACCUACUGUCUGAUGAACUUACUGACGGCCAUCAUCUAUAACCAGUUCAGGGGAUAUUUACUGAUGUCGGUCCAAACGUCCAUCAUCAGGAGACGACUGGGGAUACGAGCUGCGUUCCAAGUCCUCAGCUGCAAGGGAGCACCACAGGCUGAAGAGGAUCAUGUGUGUGUUGAUGCGGUGUUGGAGGUGAUGUCCAAAGUCAAGAUGAAGAGCUACUACAGAGCAGCCAUUACUGCAGAGACCCAUCAGUAUGCUGAAGUUGGCCACAUGGAUCGAGUGCAGUUCAGGAAGAUAUUUGAUCACCUGGAUAAAGACAGCAUCAAGGAGCACCCUCCCUUACCUCAGUACAACUCUCCAGUUCUGCAGAAGCUCCAGUUCAUAUUCAGUCACUAUUAUCUCACUAUAGUUGGCAAUGCAGUGGCACUCAUCAAUGUUAUCUGCAUAUGUACCAUUCUCGUGCUGAACUCUGAAAAGACCACAGUAGAGAGAGACAACUACAGUUUGGAGAUCAUCAACUUGUGCUUCAUCAUUUUCUACCUGUUUGAAAUGUGUGUGAAGAUCUUCGCCUUCGGCUGGAGAGGUUACCUUUCCUACAGGAACAACAUCUUUGAUGGCUUCCUCACCGUCCUGCUAUUUGGCCUACAGAUCACUAUUGAUGCCACCUAUGGGUUUCCAUAUUCUCAGGGUGGAAUGCCUCUAUGGGAGAUGAUUCGUUUGGUCAACAUGCUGAUUGUCUUCCGUUUCCUUCGGAUCAUCCCAGACAUCAAGCUCAUGGCUUUGGUUGCAAGCACUCUGCUGGACCUGGUGAAGAACCUCAGAGCCUUUGCAGGGAUCCUGGUUGUGGUGUACUAUGUGUAUGCUGUAUUUGGGAUUUGGCUGUUUGAAGGAGCUAUUAAGCCUACUGGAGAUACAAGGCCCUCCAUGGACAACAUCACCACUAACUACAGCAUGGAGUGUGGCACAUACGAGCAGCUGGGCUACUGGCCAAACAACUUUGAUGACUUUGCUGCAGCCAUCAUUUUGCUGUAUGAUGUUAUGGUAGUCAACAACUGGCAGGCCUUCAUUGAGGCGUAUAGCAGAUACACCACUGAGUGGUCCAAGGUGUACUUUGUGUGCUGGUGGCUCACGUCCUCUGUAAUGUGGGUCAACCUAUUUGUGGCGCUCAUCCUGGAGAACUUUAUCUACAAGUGGGACCGGAGUCACAGCUGUUCUGUUACAGAUGUGGAGAGGAUUAGAUAUGAAACCUCAGUUCAGCUCAUCUUUAAGGAGCAGAUCCAGGAGCCAACAGAAGAGGAAUUACUUUGUUACCUACAUCAGCAUCCACAUUUAUAUCUAGUGACACACACACCAAGCACCAACAGUAACAAUGUAUAAAACUGCUACUACAGUAACUGGGUUAACACUCAGUUACUGUAGUCUGGAUUCACAGAGAGGCCUGUAUUUUAACUUCCUACAACUAGGUAGUUUUAGUUUUACUAUAAUAUGUAACUACAAAUACUAGUAAAACCAGUUGGAAGUUUUGUUUUAUUAUUUGUCAUGUUGCUCAUGGUUAACAAAGGGUUAAGAUAUGAGGGCAGUUGUUCAUACAUAAAGUAACAUAAGGGAAAGACUAGAAGUCUAGAAAUGAAUCAAUUUAACAAUACAAAUGUUCUGCUCUGCUCAAAAUGUCUGUUUCAUAUGAAAGUUGCACAAUUCAAUACAAAUUAGAUUAUUUUUUUCUAAUCACUGCCUGCAAGACCAUGACCUAUGUGAAUAUGUGGUGCCAUAAAUGUGUGAGGGCAGCUGCUGUUAACUAGAAAAAUCAUGUCAAGAAAGAUUCUGCAGAUGUUAUAUAAGAUAAGACACAUUUUGAUUGAUCCCACAUGAGGGAAGUUCCGUUGUUCAACAAGUCACAAGAAAACAGUACAAUGUACAAAAUAAGAAGGUGUGCAAUCAUCAAUAGCACCAUUAAAAUAUUAAUGGCACAUUCAGUUGCAACUGAACAGAACCUUUGGGUUAAACAGCUAGGAAGGUUUAAGGCCCCCAGAAAUGCAUUUCAUGAGACCUGCAGCAGUCAACGUCUGAAUCUGAGUUGUCUUGCUGCUGUUGCGUGGUUGUCAAACAAUUAUCAAUAGAUUGGAUUUUAUUGUGUCAUCUGCAAAUCACUGGAAAUGCAAUCACUGGUGUCUUGUCAACCUUCUGUUCGCCCUACUUUACUACACAUACAUAUUAAAUAUACACACUCGGGUCUUAAAUAAAUUGCAGUUACAGUUAUUAUGUUUAUUUUUUGUGCUAAUUGCCAAGUCAGAAGCUUUAGGGUUUUAACUUAAGGACUAUAAAGGGACUGAAUCCAAGGAGUUUUCCUCUGGAGAGGACAAUGUGGUUUAGUAUUUAUACAUAGUUCAUAUGCAUUUAUUUUUGCGUAUUUUAUGUAAUUUUCUGAUAUUUAAAAUGCCUUGAUGUACAGAUUGUAUACAUUGUGUGUGUAAAAGAAUUCAGGACAAACAAAAUUUUGCCACAUGUUUAUAUGUCCAUUAUUUCUAAAUAUGUGUUGAAAUUAAAAUUCUAAAUUGUCCACAGAUUUUUAAAGUCUGAAAUGCAAUAAAAACUGAAAUCUCAAAAGUAUAA